GUGACUGAAUGAAUGAAACCUCUCAGGUGGAGUAGUUGUGUAUUGGGUAAGGCCAUCCAGGUGAUUUCCUCACACGUGCUUUGAGGGAGGAAAAAUGGUCAAAGUGCAAACUGAACAGCCAGCCAGUGUGAAGAUGAAGGAGCCGCUGAGCACCUGUGCCUACAACCUGCUCUACCAAGACCUCAAGACAUUCUCAAAACAUGGAGAAUAUUUCUGCAAAGAACUUGUAACUGUAUUCCAGCAAAGAUCCGAGCUCGAGAUCAGCUAUGCUAAAAGGCUGCAGAAACUUGCUGGAAAGCUCAUCAGUGCCUCCAAAACAAUGACUAGCAACUCAACUUACAAUGCUUGGUCUCUUGUAUCGAAUGAGAUGUUCUCAACAGCAGAUGCACACAGAACACUAGGGCAAAGUCUUCAACAGGAUGCUGUUGUGGAAAUUCGUCAAGUGCUGGAUGAACACACCAAGAGGAAGAGACCACUGGAAAAUGGCAUUGAAAAAUCAAGAAAACUUGUGUUGACCAACUGGAAUGAACAGCUCAAGGCAAAGAAAAAGUUAAACAGUUUAAGCAGAGAGCAUGAAGCACUUUUCAGCUUUGUGGAAAAGAACAAACACAUCUGCACAGAGAAAGAGAAACAGAAGAUGCUUAACAGAUUGAGUAAAUCAGCAGAGCUUCAAGUAAAAGUUGACGAGGACUACUUCAAUAUGAAUAUGGACAGCUGCAGGAUUAGACUGAAGUGGGAGAACACGCUUAAAAGCUGCUAUCAGAUUGUUCAAGAAAUUGAGAAGCAAAGGAUAGAGACUCUGAGCAACACUGUGAAUAAGUACAACCUCCACCUGUGCAGCUACAACCAAACGCUUCUCCACAGUCAGGAACAGAUCGAGGAGGCUGUCGGGAGAGUGAACGUGGAGGAAGACAUUCAAACUCUAGUGGAAAACACCUGCGUUGCGGCAGACGAUAACAAGGCCGAAUUCCUCAUCGUUGAUUACUUUGAGGAAGAUGGAAAGACAGUAAUGGAAAAAGAAAGACGGAGAGAAGCAUUGAAGGUGAAACUUCAGCGAUUACAGGAAUGCAUUCUCAAAACCAGGAAAGACAUAGAAGGGCUGGAGACAAUGGCAGGUCUAGACACUAAAGAUAUCUCACAGACGAGUAUAAAAAACAUGGAGGAUAAAGAGCAGCUGCUUGAUGAGUCCAAUCUAAAACUGGACCUUUUGGAGGCCACAUACUGUAAACUGAACCAAUCGAUGAUGGACUUAGAGGGGAAACUGAAACCUUUCCAUCGUUUCAACGACAGCGUCACAAAAUUCAAAGAGAAGGAAGUUGAGCACAGCAUAGCGAAACUGCCACGUUCGGUUCACAUCAAAAAGGCGUCAUUCAGAGCAUGUCAAUCUUUGAGGACUUCAGUGGUUCUUAAGGCUCUGGCAAAAAUGGCACCGACUGUCAGGACUCUGGUUCCUCUAUAUGCCAGAGGUGGAUCAGCAAUGCACACGCACAAGCGCAAGUUUGAGUUCAACAGAGCAUCAUCAAGGUCUCAGGAGGAAGCCAGGAAAUGUGCUGAGGUCUGCAGUGUAGGUAAAUGUAAGGCUUUAUAUGACUUCUCCUCAGAAAAAAAGGACGAGUUAAACAUGAAAGAAGGAGAUCUUCUCAACAUCCUACGGAAAGACAACAGCGGGUGGUGGUAUGGAGAGCUGAACGGGAAGAGGGGUCAUUUUCCUUAUAAUUACGUCGAAGAGCUGCCUGUUUUGAAAAUGGCAAAGUCUUCUGAUGCAUAAAUCAAAUUAAAAGAGGGUUUCAUUAUUAAUCAGGGUAUUUGAUGGUAUAAUCUUGCAAUGAGUAAUGUUUAAAGUGUAUGGUUUAUUCGUCUUUGUGGUUCAUGUUCCUUUGAUAUAGUGCUGUAUGAUACAAUGCACAUUCAGGUCGAGAGCUUUGGUACAUCAAACAUAACACAAUGUAAAAAUAAGACCUCGUUGCCUGCAGUGUGGAUGUUUAGUGCCAGGCUGUUUUGAAUGCUUCCAAAAUUGCUGGUUCCUGGAAUUAUCACAUGCAAGAGUCGCUAGGUUUUUUACCGAAAGGUGUGAAAAAUAAUCAGUGAGCAGCAGUUCUGUAGGUGGAAACACCUUGCUGCUGAGGGUUGAAUGAGCAGACUGGUACAAGCUAAAAGGAAGUAUACAGUAACUCCGAUACUCCAGCAGCCUGUCUGAUCAGAUUUUCCCCUGUUCGGAUGUUUAAUGUAAAUGUUCACUGAAGUCAUUGACUUUUAGUGUCAAUGAAAAAAAUGUGAUUUUAUUAACUGCACCACUUCCACAUGAUUGGAUAAUUACAUGAAUGUGCAGGUGUGUGUCUGAGGUCUGGAAACCCUGUUGGAUGUAAUUGUGACUGAAUGUUUAAAAAGUCCAAAUGUUUUUUUUUUAUCUGUAUUUAAAAAAAAAACAUGAAUAUCCUUUCAGAACAACCUCAAAGCUCAUUAUACUGUUUACUGACUUUGACUGCUGUCCAAAAUAAAUAAAAUAACUACUACUAUUAA